ACAUUUUCAUUAAAAAAAAGUAUAUUUGAUUUGUUUAGAUCCAUUCAACAUCUCGUAGGAAAACACAAAAUUAUUAGUGAAAAAUGGCACAAAACCAAAGGGACCCAGAAAAAUUUGAUAUUAAAGUGGUCCAUGAUAAAUUUGAAGCAUCACUACAAGAGGACGACGAUGUGGAUUUGGAACUUUACUUGGAGAGCUUUGAGGAACUGAACAAAUUCUUCAACUUGAUGGGAACAGUAUUUGGGUUUGUCAGCAAAGAUCUCAGGCAGAAAAUGGACUAUUUAAACAAUCUUGUUAUUGACAAUGAUACAAAUCAACAAUACAAGACAGUGAAGAGGAUGAUUGAGCAUGAAAAGGAGAAUGAAUUGCUUCACAAGAAAGGGUACAUCUCGGGUAGUCGAACUUUACUAAGGAUACAUAGAGGCCUUGAUUUUAUACAGCUUUUUUUAAAGAAGAUAGGAGAUUUGGAAAAUCAUGAAUCAACAGUAGUAGCUUGCCGUGAUGCUUAUGAGCAAACACUUGCUAAGCACCACUCUUUUUUAGUUAAAAAUGGGGCCAAGGUUGCUAUGUACACCUUACCUACAAGAGAACAACUUUUAAAGAAAGUUUUUGGCUACAGGGACCGACUGUCAAACGCUGUCAUUUAACUUUAGAAUAGGUCACUCCACCAUACAAAAUAUUGUCUCCACCAACUAGCAACGUACUUUGGGAAAUAUAAAGGGAUGAUGUCAUGCCACAACCGACAACGGAACUUCUUCAUGGGUGUGCAAAAAAAAUUAAGGACCUCUAGAAUUAUCCUAAUUGUGUCUGAUGGCCAACAUAUUACUUUACAAGCACCUCCGUGGAAGUGGAUCACUAUUUUACUUUAAUUACCAAGAAACAAGUUCGCCAUAGUGUUACUGGUAAUAAUAGGUGGAAUAUUUAAAGAAUCUAGUAAGGGAGCAUUUUUAAAAAAGAAGACUUUUGGAAUGCCCGAGGAUCGCCCUAUUAUAAAAAAUUAUGAACCUUUACCAUACGUAACAGUUGGAGAUAGAUGAAAGUUUCCUUUGCAAAACCUACCUUAUGCGUCCUUAUUCAGAGACCGAACUACCAAGAGUGAAAAGCGUUUUUAAUACCGCCUUACUACAUCGCAGAGUAUCUGAAAAUACUUUCGGAAUCCUCUGAAGAAAUCUGAAAAGUUUAGAUCUUUUUUAGAUAAACAUCACAUUUAUGCGAAAAAUGCAGACGAACUUGUUUGGGCUGCUUUGUGUCUUCAUAAUUUUAUUAGAAAUGACAAUGCUUUGUUAAGUGUAUUAGAUGAAGAAAAAAGGAAAAUGUGUAGAAAAAGUGCCAAUUUUUUCAUCUCUAGUCAGUGCACUAAGGGACAGGAUUAAAAUAGUUAUAAUAUUUAAAUGUGUAAAAUGAUCCUUUUUUUAUGAAUGGAAAAUUUGACAAUUCCCAUGAAUAAAAGAAAAUUUUUCAUAUGUCUAACAAACAAAAGUUUUUAUAGUACCGAAGAAUAU